AGUAGCUGAUGGAUGGGGCCACUUGAUUUUAAAAGUUUGGGACCCGGGUGUGAUUGUGUGAAGUGACCUGAUAUGGCAAAAUCAAAAGAUCAAAGGCAAGAAAGGGUGGAAAGGCGAAAAAUGGAGAAGGGAAAGAGUCAUUUUGUGCUUGUCCAUGGAGCCUGUCAUGGAGCAUGGUGCUGGUAUAAGGUGGUAACUCUGUUGAAAUCAGCGGGCCACAAAGUUACAGCUCUCGACCUGGCUGCUUCUGGGGUCCAUCCAAAGCAAGUACAUGAGCUUCAUUCGAUUUCAGACUACUCUGAACCAUUGAUGGAUUUCAUGGCGUCUCUCCCACCAAAGGAGAGGGUGAUUCUGGUUGGCCACAGCCUGGGUGGAGUCACCAUUUCUGUUGCCAUGGAAAGAUUCCCUGAGAAAGUUUCUGUCGCAGUUUUUGCCCCUGCCAGUAUGCCUGGACCCGACCUCAGUUACAUUUCUUUGCAUCAAGAGUUCCAUAAAAGAUUGGCAUCCUUCAUGGACACACAAUUUACGUUUGAUAACGGGCCUGAUAAGCCUCCAAACUCAUUACUCUUUGGGCCAAAUUUCAUGUCAACCAUGUUAUACCAGCUCUCUCCUCCUGAGGAUUUAACACUAGCAAUAUUGUUAGCCAGACCUUUCGGUAGUCAAAAUGAUGCAGCAGCAAUUGAAGAAACUGCACUGACCAGGGAGAAAUAUGGUUCAGUGCGUCGGGUGUACAUAGUGUGCGACAAAGACAAGGUCACAGACGAAGACUUCCAAAGGUGGAUGAUUGAAAACAAUCCACCAGAUGAGGUGAUGCUGAUUCCGGACUCUGAUCACAUGGUUAUGUUUUCUAAACCCCAGGAGCUCUGCUCUUGCCUUGAAGAAAUUGCAGAUAAAUAUGAUUAGGGGUGCUUGGUGGGUAGGAAAUUUGCUCUACUUUUAGCCUGGCAAGUCUGCUUGAUGCAUGGUGAAAGUGAAACAGUUCCACUAAAAAGGCAUAAAUGCCAAACUUAAUUAUUACUUGUACCGUUUUCUUUUUGCUCAUAUUAAGCAAUAAUUAUGUCUGAAUCGA